AUGGGGUCGGGGCGCCGCGUCCCCGAUCUAGAUCCAGGGGAGGAGAGGGAGUGCGAGGGGGCCGGGGUCGUUGGGGACGAGGACGGCGCGGCGCUGGCGACGUCGAGCAGCGAGGCGAGCGGCUUCAGCGACGCUGAAGUUUCCGAACUCCAGCGGAAACUGAAGCUGGCUGAUGAUGAGAUCGAUCGUAUUAACAAGCGGUUCGAUGAGGCCCAAGGCAGCGCGGCCGAGGUCGAAACCCUCAAGAGUGCCCUUGCUAAAGCCAAGAAGGAGGCGGAGGCAAGCAAAGCGGCCGCUGACAAAGCAGCUGUGGAUUUAGAGGCCGAGCAGGUUACCCAUCGCAAUUAUGAGGAACGGGUGAUCGAGGUGGAACAGGCGCUUCAAGACGUCGCCAACAAGUGUGAGGCUCAAGAGGAGCGUAAUAAAGCCCAAGCGGCCGAACUCAACAAGGCUCUUCAAGAGGCAAAGGAUGUGCGGGGCGAGUCCCGAGCAGCUCGCGAGGAGAUUAAGCAGGCCGGACAGAUAGCGGCUGCCUCCUUCCUCUCGCGCCGCCGGACAUUUCCCCCGCCACCGACGGACAUGUUCGCCGCCACCGUUCGGCCACUCCAGGGCUGCCACGUGUCCCUGCCGCCGCCGUCCUCCACCGCGCGCGCCGCCGGCCCGCGCCCGGCCCCCGAAGCCCAAGCCGCCACCCGGCUCCGCCCGCGCGCCCCGCCGCCCUUCCGCCGCCUCGCUCCUGCACCUGGCUCCCGCGCCGCCGCCUCCUUCCUCCCACUCCCCGCCGUCUGCUCCCCGCCGCCUCGGGCGCCGCCGUCCGCCGCCAUGGCGACCUCGGGGCCCGCCGCGCGCCUCGGCUCCUCCGACCUCGCCGCCGGCCACCGCGCCCCGCGCCGUCCCCGUCGAUCCACGCCUUCCCCGCCGCGCCAUCGCCGGAGUCCCUCGCCGGAGAACCGCACCUCGCCGGAGUUCCCAUCGGAGCCGGAUCCGGGGAGUGGACGAGAUCCACCACUCCCCGACCCAAACGCCCUCGUCCCCGUCCUGUACCGCGCCGUCCCGCUUCCCGUCGUCCCGUUUUUCGCGAGGUAG